GCGGAGGGAUAGGAGCGCGGCGGGCGUCGUCGCUGCCGCUGCCGCUGUCAUCCCUUGCGAAGGCGCCGGCGCGGCCGUGCGUGGCGGCUUGGCAUUGCACCGAGCCCCGGAGCCUGGGGCCUUCCCGCAGCACCCUUUGCCGGAGGAGCGACGCCCCCGUGGCUGCUCCUCUGCCUCUCCCUUCCUCGAUCGUUGCAAGGCCGCUGGGUUGGCAGCCCUUCGUAAGACCCCCCCGCCCCUGCCCGAGCACGCCCCCCUUCUUGUGCAUGCCUCUUUUCUCCUGAAAUGAUAUAAUUCUCGUUAUUUCCCCCCUUUCCCGAUUCCUCCUUUGCUUGCAACGUUGCGCCCCGAUCCCAUCUCCGAGCGCCCUCCUCCCCGCUUUUGCACGCCCACAUUUCCUAAACGGGGGCUUUGAUGAGAAAGGGAGCGAUCCUCAGCAAGUAAUCCCAUGUUAGCCGGUGGGGCUUGCUCCAAGGGAAGCGUCUUUAGGAUUGGCAGCCAAAACCGCCUACUCAGCGCAGCCUCUGGACCGCUGACUCUGGUCCAGCAUUGCCACAUCUGGAAAGGCGUCUCUUCUGCAGGUUUCAGAACACCCUGUCAGCAGCACCCCUCUGCCACCUUUCCUGGUAUCCUCCAGCAGUCAGGCCACCUUUUACAUUGAGCUUCCCAGGGUUUCAGCCCAGUCCAGCCCUGCUGUGUCCCUCCCCCCUGGCCCCCAGAUCUCUCUACGCUGAAGGCUUCCUAUCUCCAGGGGUUUUUUCCUUGUGCUUGAGCAGCUGGUCCCUAACCAAAGAGGAGAGGAUUCUCGGCUGUUUCAUUGCCCAGGUCUGCUCGGUAGAGAACCACGAGCCCCCAGUCUGACACAGGAACUGCCUGCCUCACCACGCUUUGCUGGGGUGCCACCCUCUGUCCCUGUCGCUGAGAUGAGCUUCUUUGGGUUUGGACAGAGUGCGGAGUUGGAACUGGUGCUGAGCGAUGCAGAGAGCAGGCGCCGGGCAGAACAUAAGACUGAGGAGGGCAAGAAGGAGAAAUAUUUCCUCUUUUAUGACGGCGAGACGGUUUCGGGGCGGGUCAUUCUCACCCUCAAGCACCCCAACAAGCGGUUGGAACACCAGGGCAUCAAGGUGGAGUUCAUUGGACAAAUUGAGCUAUAUUACGACCGAGGAAACCACCAUGAAUUUGUCUCCCUGGUGAAAGACUUGGCUCGUCCUGGUGAGUUCACCCAGUCGCAGACUUUUGACUUCGAAUUCACACAUGUGGAGAAACCGUACGAGUCCUACACAGGGCAGAAUGUGAAACUAAGGUACUUCCUUCGUGCCACUAUUAGCCGCAGAUUGAACGAUGUUGUGAAGGAGAUGGACAUUGUUGUGCACACGCUGAGCACCUACCCAGAGCUCAACUCCUCCAUCAAGAUGGAGGUGGGGAUUGAAGAUUGCCUGCAUAUUGAAUUUGAGUACAACAAGUCCAAGUAUCAUUUAAAAGAUGUGAUUGUUGGGAAGAUCUACUUCCUGCUUGUAAGGAUCAAGAUCAAGCACAUGGAAAUCGACAUCAUCAAGAGGGAGACCACGGGGACCGGGCCCAACGUGUAUCACGAGAAUGACACAAUAGCUAAAUACGAGAUCAUGGAUGGGGCACCAGUGAGAGGAGAGUCUAUCCCUAUUAGGCUCUUCCUUGCGGGCUAUGAGCUAACACCAACCAUGCGCGACAUCAAUAAGAAAUUCUCCGUGCGUUAUUACCUCAACCUAGUGCUGAUCGACGAAGAAGAGCGGCGCUAUUUUAAACAGCAGGAGGUAGUAUUAUGGCGCAAAGGAGACAUUGUGCGGAAAAGCAUGUCCCAUCAGGCGGCGAUUGCCUCGCAGCGGUUUGAAGGUACGUCCUCCCAGACAGAGAGCAGGACGCUCAGCCAAGCUUCAGAGAACAACGGGCGGCAGUGAGAGGCCCGCAGGUCACACCUUCUGCAAAACUUCCAUGUUCCUGGAGACGAUGCUAAAGGAGAAUAGCGAACGAAUCUUUCAACAGAUACUUGAGAACACAAAUUAUCUGUUGGGUUGUGUGUUUCUUUUUCUUUUUUGUCUUUCUUCAUUCCGUUCCCCCUGCCCCCGAGGACUAGUAACUUGAAGGAGAACGAGGGCAUCAGCGCAAGAGACAGCGACAAUGCCAUCUCCCUCUGUGUUCGGUAUUGCUCUGGUCUGAUGCGGUCCGAUGCUUUAAGAACAAAGGGAAUACACUAGGUGUUCUCACAAAUGAUGCUGAAAGCAGGGAAGGGUGCGUAUUUCGGAUGUUAAGGGCUCUGUUGGUUUGGAUAGAUGUUUUGAGUAUCUUUUUAAGCUCUCUGUCUCUUGUUACCACCAUUCGCUCAGGAAUCUCAGAGGUGCUUUUAAGCAUGCAUGAGUGAAAAUGCCCAUCCCAGCAUUUCCCCAAAAUUCUGAUAAAUGACGUCAGAACAGUUUUUAUUUAAAACUGGAGGCUCUCUUCAUCCUUGCAUUCCCCAAAGGUUUAUUUUUAAAAGUGUACAAGAAUGAGUGCAGAGCAGUGACAGGGGCAGAGAUGAGGGAGGUUCAGAGGAGCAAACGGGUGGGAGGGAACGCGGUUUCCUUUAAACCAUGGGAGUCAGUGAGCAAGGAAAGACCAUUCAGGCUUCAAUUAUGGCCAUAUUUUCAGGGCCUCUGCUGGGUUCUUUUAGCUCCCCCUGCUUUUUUUACUGUCCUUAGACUCUUUGCUUUUUUAUAGUCAGCACAGAACAAGGCAGUGUGGCCAAACUCGCCGAAUCCCAUCGGCGCUGAAGAGAAUGAAGCUAGUCUUCCGUGAGCCCAGACUAAAUUCUCCCCUGUUGUAUCUCUGCAUGCUCCACUGCUCUGCCUUUAGUACUUCCCCAACCAAUGGAAUGUAGUGGUGAGAGUGGUGGAAUAGGACUGGAGAGCUCUGGAUUCAAAUCCUCAACUCGACUGCGCAGCUUGCUUUGGGCCAGUCACACAGUCUCUCAGCUUAACAUCCUUACAGUGAUGCGAGGAUAAAGUGGACAGGAUGAGCAGAAAAAAAAUAUGGUAUCUACUCUGGGGUGGUGUUUUGUGCAAAGUCUUCGAUACGAUCAUUCAAACACUCCUAGCACAGAGGUGCAGCAGAAUUUCCUGGCCUCAGAGAACAGGCACUCCUACAGAGGCAGACAAGUUUGACUGCAGCUACUUUAAAUGUUUUGUUUGGAAGGGGGGGGGUGCAAUAUUGAAGUCUGCCCUCUGUUUUUAUCUGGAAAAAAACCAAGUGAGCAUGGUCUAUCAGAAUUAUGGGGAAUGGUGAUCUACUUCUUCAUCUGUCUGCUUUCUCCUGAGGGCUGGAGGGGUCCUUUGUACCAGCCCUUAAAAUCUUUCCUGAACUAUAUGAGCAAAAGAUCCAACCCUUCGAAAAGGAACUAAGGUGUAAGCUUUUUAAGUGGUUUGAGUAAUUCAGUGUAAAGAGUGAUGUUUUGUUCUGUAAGCGUGGGUUUAUCUCUUCUCCAUUUUUACCAUUCCCCGUCGCCUUUAUUUUGAUAAAUCUGCACUUUCUUAUCUAGCAGUGGGGUCUAAAGUACUCUGUGUCACUUUUAAACAUCCAGAAACUUGAUAGUCAAGCCCAUCUUCCUUCCUGCUAAACAGACCAUUUAUUCUACAUUAUUUUAAACCCUGUAGUAAACAUUUUUUUUUCUAAUUUGCCUUCUGAUGUCACUUUUAGGAUAUCUGUAUUAAGCUUCCUUCCCCUUCCAGAAACGAUAAAGACUAGGACCUCAAGAACCUCAACUUCUCUCCCCCAAAGCUGCUACAAUAUCCACAUUUUUAACAAUCUUGGGACGAAGGAGAAAGUUGUGGAGGUAUACUUUCAUCAUUGGUGAAGAGUGCCGCCAGUUCAUGGCUAACUUAUGAUGACCCCUGCUGGGGUUGUCAAGGCAAGAGAUGAACUGAGGUGAUUUGCCAUUGCCCACCUCUGUAUAGCAACCCUGGUCUUCCUUGGAAGUCUACCAUCCAAUUACUAACCAAGCUGACCCCACUUAGCUUCUGAGAUCUAAUGAGAUCGGACUUGCCUAGGCUAUCCAGGUCAGAGCAUGUUCACCAUUACAUAUAUAAAUAUAUAAAAUAAAAGGUCAUUACUGUAGUUGGUGAAAGACUCCCUUUUUAAAAAUUUAAAUGUGGCUUUAGAUGGUAGGGGUGUGUGUGUGCUCAGAUUCUACAGCUGCUCCAGACAAGCGAAUAAUGUCAUUAACUGUGUAGAAAUCAGCUUCUUAAGAAUCUUGGCUCGCUUUUUUUAAAACAAGGGUCCCCCCCCCCCCAUGGCUAUGACAAUGUAUGGAGCCGAGGUCUUUUGAAAUCAGACUCCACCGAGGUGGCUGCAUAAGAUUUCCUGUGGUUGAGGGCGGAACUUGAGAGCCCUAUGUAGCCCUUUGCCAAACCCUGGCAAAAGCCAGAAUUUAAGUGGAGUAUUAAAAAUUGCAGAUCCUAAAAUGAGAGAUUUUGCAAAGUAGUUUAAUUUGCAGGAUUUCUACAGAUUGCAGAAUUUGGCUUUUCUCGGUGCAGAAUUUAAACUGGGUGCAAAAUGUACAAGCGGAGAGUAUUUGCACUUUGCACAGUGGAUUCCUGCAGUUGGGAUGCUCUUUCAUUAAAGCUCGUGAGAAAAGUUUUCAGAAUAAUAACAACUUUACAUUAUCCGGGCAGCUUUGUGCUUCCAUUGCUUUGCAAACCACAGCGUCCAAGAGUUUGUUGUCAUCAGUAACGAGCGACUAUGGGCUGGGUUGCACUUCCCUGCUGGGCUGUGUUUGAUGAAUUCCAUGCACACUUUUUGUUUAGGUGCAUAGUCCAUUUUUAGCUACCCCUGGGCAGUAAAGCAACCAGCAUUAUUGCCUUUAUCUUCACUUUAUCGUGACAACCAUCUGGGGUGAUAGAUCACUCUCACUCCCAUAAGAAAUGAAUUUCCAGGAUGAUUUGGCCAGGGUUGCUUAGUGGAGGGGGAUAUCAGUCCCCGUACCCCAUGCUUGUGCACAAAUGCUGUUUAAUGUGUGAGAAGAUGCUAUGGCAUCUCUAAAGGGGAUGCUUUCACUCGUCGUAAUGUCUGCCUGUCUGCUUGCCAGAGUGAGUUUGUUGUGCUCUUUGCUCAUCAGCAAAGGCUUACAGUAGCCGUGGAGUCCUCCUACAUUCUAGGGAACACUAAAAGCCUCUCCUAGCCCCAGCGGAAGCUUCUUUCCCCCACCCUCACUAUAUAGGGAAGAGGCACAGCUUGCUUCGUCUUAUAGAAUCAUAGAGUUGGAAGGGGCCAUACAGACCAUCUAGUCCAACCCCCUGCCCAGUGCAAGAUGAGCCUAAAGCAUCCCUGACAAAGAUUCAUCCAGCCUCUUCUUGAAAACUGCCAGUGAAGGGGAGCUCACCACCUCCCUGGCAGCUGAUUCCACUUUUGAACUACUCUGACCGUGAAAAAGUUUUUCCUAAUAUCCAGCCGGUACCUUUGUGCAUGUAAUUUAAACCCAUUGCUUCGGGUCCUACCCUCUGCUGCCAACUGGAACAGCUCCUUGCCCUCCUCCAAAUGACAGCCUUUCAAAUAUUUAAAGAGAGCAAUCAUGUCCCCCCUCCAUCUCCUCCAAACUAAACAUUCCCAAGGCCCUCAGCCUUUCCUCGUAGGGCUCAGUCUCCAGACCCCUGAUCAUCCUUGGUUUGAGAGGUCAAUAUCAUGGUUGAGAGGUCAAUAUUACAAGUAGGAAACUUUCCCCAGCCUGUAGCAAAAGACGAUUGCUUUGUCAUCACGGAAAAGAGAUCAACCUGGAUAGCACUUGUCUGUCUUGCUCUUCUGCAGUUCUUCUUCAAAUGUGAUGUCUUGACUGUGGCAGGACAGCGGAGAAGCGUCUCAUUGUGUCUGUGAUAACUUUAACCAUCAAUCAGUAAUAAUUGAGCCAUUCUCCAUCCACCAGGCGUCCACACUGGGAUAGCAGCUAGUUCUCCAAAAACCCCAACAGAGCAACUUGAUUUCCCUUGUUUGUGUAGCAGAUGGGAAGCAUGACUUUUAAAAGCAAACAUUUUCCAGUUGCGUUGUCUGGUGUCUGCUCUGACGACCAACUUAGUCAAGAUGUAGUGAUAAAUCCUUAGUAAUUUUUCUAAAAAAAUACUUGUAUCACGUGCUUGUACAUAGGCUUGUGGUUCUUAAUCUUUGCUACGUAGAGAACCACUGUUUUGGGUUGCUUUUUAUGACUUCUUGCCCUGCGGCCCACCACCUGGAAGGAGGCUUGAAAGGUUUCCAGAUUAAAACAAAAUUGUGGGGUUUCUUAUGUGACUGAUAAGCCAGCAAAAAUGUAACAGAGAAGAUAUAUGUCACAGUUUCAGAUGCAUGCAGAGAAAGUACAGGAUGUGGCACUGGGUGUGAAAUGAAGUUUGCUGAGAUGCUUUGUUUUUUAAUAGUUUUUUAAAAGAGAACAACUUUCUAGCGUUGGUAAGACACGCUUGAAAGUAUGCCGGCCCUACAUGGCAUAAUUUCAAAAGCCAGAGUGGUGGCUGAAUCAGAGAAUCAUUUACUGCGAAUUGGGGAGCCAGGACUUCAGUUCUCUGUAUAUAGAUCCUUUCCUUUCUUUACAAAGCAGAAUAAACUAUUGCAAAAUAGUCAUUGCAGAUUUUGCAAAAUAACAUCUGAUUUGCGUAAUUUAUGCCAACUGUUCAGCCUUUUGUGUGUGCAGAAUUUUAAUUGUUUUAGCAGAUUGUACAAUUGUCUGAGCUCCAUAUCUACUAAGUACUCCCCGAGAGUGCUUAAAACUGCCCAUUCCACAUCUGGUUAUUGCUAGAAAAAGCCAUGUUAAAAUUCAGCUCCAGUGCAAGACAGCAUGGAUGCGGGAGACCCCAACUGACCUGUAUCAGCAGGAAUACCCCAACAUGACUUGCCAAUCUUCCAAAAGAUUCCGGGGGGGGGGGGGGGAGACCAUAUGUACUAAAUUAAGCAGUGCAAAUUGUAAAUUAAGCAUCUACAUUGUUUACAUGUUUCUUAAUUCAUUGUCUUUUAAAUGGUUGUAUUUUUAAAUGAUGGGAGUUCACUUUUUUUUGGUCUCUAAUUAAAAAAUAGCCAUUCUAGGCUC